AUGAGGAUCAUAAUUAAGGGAGGUAUAUGGAAAAAUACUGAAGACGAAAUCUUGAAGGCUGCUGUUAGUAAAUAUGGCAAGAAUCAAUGGGCUCGUAUAUCUUCGUUGCUGGUUAGGAAAUCACCAAAACAAUGCAAAGCCAGGUGGUAUGAAUGGUUAGAUCCUAGUAUUAAAAAAACUGAAUGGUCCAAAGAGGAGGAUGAAAAAUUACUUCAUCUUGCUAAGCUGAUGCCUACACAAUGGCGAACAAUCGCCCCUAUUGUAGGAAGAACACCAUCUCAAUGUCUUGAACGAUAUCAGAAAUUAUUAGAUGAGGCUGAGGCAAAAGAAGGAGCAGAUUUAGAUUUAACUGGACCAGUUGGAGAUGCAGGUCCUAGCGCUGAUGAUGUUCGACGAUUAAGACCUGGAGAAAUUGAUCCUGAUCCUGAAACUAAACCUGCAAGACCAGAUCCUGAAAUGUUAUCAGAAGCUCGAGCUCGUUUGGCUAAUACUCAAGGUAAAAAAGCCAAACGUAAGGCACGUGAAAAGCAAUUAGAAGAAGCUAGACGAUUAGCUUCGUUACAAAAGCGACGAGAAUUAAAAGCUGCCGGGAUUGAUUUAAAAGGUAAAAAGAAGAAAAAAGGAAUGGAUUAUAACGCUGAUAUACCAUUCGAAAAGAAACCAGCUCCGGGAUUUUAUGAUAUUUCCGAUGAAAAGAACCGACAAUUAGAACAAGGUCUUUCUGGUGGCCUUCAUAAAUUGGACGCUUCACAAUUGAAUAAGCUUAAACAGGCUGAACAAAUAAAUAAAAGAAGAAAACUUGUUCUUCCGUCCCCACAAGUGGGAGAGAAUGAACUUGAAGAAAUUGUAAAAAUUGGGUUUGCUGGAGAAAAUGUUAGAGCUGUUGUUGGAGAAACCGAUAAUGUUUCUUCACUUGGCAAUUAUACUCCAUCUACAUCUGCCUUGCCAUUGAGAACACCAAGAACACUUGGUGGUUCUAUGCAAACACCAAGGACUCCUGCUACAAUAUUGUCUCUCCGGACUCCAAGAACCCCUGCGUCAGCUAGUGCAGCAACGAUAAAGCAACUUAGAGCUGGGCUGUCCAAUUUGCCAGCACCGAAAAACGAUUUUGAAAUUGUUUUGCCUAAUGUCGAGGUCCAAGAAGAUCAAAUAGAUGAUAUUAAAGGAAUAGAUGAAGAUGCUAGUGAUAGGGAUAAAAAAAUUAAAGCCCAACUUGAGGAAGAAGAAAGGGUACGACUUUUACGCAGAUCUCAGGCUAUCCAACGCGAUCUUCCUCGCCCUACUCAAAUCAAUCCGAAAUUAAUUCUUGAAGUUGCUUCAUAUGAAGAUCCUUCCAGUGAUCUUCUAGAGAUUGAAAUGUUAAUAAACACGGAAAUGGUACAAUUAUUGAAUCAUGAUGCAAUUAUGUAUCCAAUUCAUGGAAGUAAGAUUGUUGGUGGAAAUGUAGAUGAAUCAUAUGAAGAAUUUCCUGAUGAUUUAAUAGAUAAGGCAAGGAAAGCCGUUGAUGAAGAACUUGCCAUUUCUACCAAUAAUAAUCUUAUUUCUGAAGUAGAUGAUUUUUACGAUAUUUGGCAACAUUUGCAUGAAAAUUUUGAAAAUAAUAAUUUUCCAAAGGAGCUAGAAGUUAACACCACUAAAGCAACCAAAUUAGAAAAGAAGUUGAAUGUUACAUUAGCUGGUUAUCUGGCUCGUUCUCGAACUCUCUCAAAAAAUAUUACAGAAAUGUUUGAAGAAAUUGAACAGGCAAAAAUUGAAUUAAAUUCUUUUCGAUCAUUAAACAUAUCCGAGAAGGAUACUAUCCAAGAUGAAGUUAAUUAUCUUAUCAAGCGCGAAUCGGAACUUCAACAGCGAUAUGCUCAACUCUCAACUGAAAAACACGAUAUACAAGAGCGGAUUAAUGGUUUGCUUAAAAUUUGA